AAAAAAAAGGGGGUGGGGCUAUUUUAAGGUUCCGCGGAGGCUCCGGUGACAAAUGCGGCGAACUAACGGAAGCGGGGCGGAAGCGACGCUUAUGAACUUAGACGCCUGCCCCGUUUAUGAGGUUCCGAAGGAAGGUGCGAUAAACAUAAGAAGCUUCCGCGGGGGUGAUAUCAUAAGUGCAUACCGCCAAUUAUGAAACGGAAGCGCUAUAUUGGAAAUUAUCUCUUACGUAAGGUCCUUUUGGGAGUUCUGUAAGCAUGGCGUGUAUUAUCAUUGAAUCCCCUUGUAUAUGUCUUCGUGGCGUAGUAUAUAAAGGAAAUUAGCACACGGCUUUCCUCUAAUUUCUUCCUAUUCAAGUACCCAUUGAAUCAUCGAAUCACCCCUUAGGCUACAGCUGGCGAACUGUGAGCGGCGCGGCUUGCCUGUUUUGUCAUUACGUCUUUAAAGAUGCCAAAUACUACUCAAACACCACCAGUGGAGGAUAGGAUGGCGUCUCACCAACCCGAAAGUCGACCAGAUCGACGGGAACAAUAUGACGGUCGCGACCGAGACGUCGAGAAAGAAGAAGGUACCGACCGGGAACAACCCGAAGGAUAUUUAUCUGGAACAGAGUCGGAGGACAAGGGGAGGACAAUACGUGGCUUUCAGUGGCUCAUACUAUGUAUAUCCAUUUACGCCACUUGUUUUCUAUACGGACUCGAUACGACAAUCGCGGCCGAUGUUCAAGGCCCCGUAGUUGAGACUUUGGGUCACGUUGAACAACUUUCUUGGGUUGGGGCUGGUUUUCCGUUAGGUUCAAUUUGUGUUCUCCUCCUACUCGGCGCUCUUUACCGCACUUUCAACAUGAAGUGGAACUUCGUUGCGACUGUGGCGCUCUUCGAAGUCGGCUCGGCUAUUUGCGGUGCUGCUCCGACCAUGAAUGCCCUGAUUGUCGGUCGUAUCUUUGCCGGUGCCGGUGGCAGUGGUAUUUACCUCGGAUCACUGCAAUACUUCGCGGUUAUGACCGCCGAGAAGGAACGCGGGCUCUAUAUAUCCCUUAUAAGUGUAUUUUGGGGGGUUGGAGCAGUGCUAGGGCCAGUAAUUGGUGGUGCCUUUGCUGUAUCCUCUGCAACCUGGCGUUGGGCGUUCUAUAUCAACCUUGUUAUAGGAGCCGUCUCGGCUCCAGCCUUCCUCUUUGCUCUUCCAAACAUUCAUCCUAUGCAAGGCGUUAGCAUUCGGACCCGAUUGGCUACUAUCGAUUUCGUGGGGUUUAUUCUCGGAGCUGGCGUCUGGGUUACUUUUCUGCUAGCAUUUACCAUGGCGGGGGGCCAAUGGCCAUGGAAAGAUGGACGUACCAUCGCUACCUUCGUGGUCUUCGGUGUACUCUUAACUCUCUAUGCCUUACAACAGUACUUCGCCGUCUUCACUACCCCGGCCCAACGCCUCUUCCCGGGCCACUUAUUACGCGACCGUACAGAGGUAUUGCUCUACAUAGCAACAGCAGCCGGCACCACAACGUUAUUUGUCGUCGUAUAUUACCUUCCUAUUUAUUUCCAAUUCGUCAAUAAUGACCAAGCCCUUAUGGCUGCCGUGCGCUUGCUCCCGUUUGUUGCUGUUGCUGUGACGGCAAACCUCACCUCGGGGUCCUUCCUCCACCUCAUCAGGAUGUAUAUGGCUCUCUUUGUUAUAGCUAGCAUCUUCUUGAUUGCGGGCGGCGGCCCGCUGGUGGUUUACCUUGACCCUAGCACGAGUACUGGAACCAUAUACGGCCUAACAGUGCUCAUUGCUAUUGGCAGCGGGAUAUCAAUGGUAACUUCAUUCACGGUCGCAACCCUAACACUAAAACCAGAGGAUGCGGGGGCCGGGAUCAACCUACAGAGCGUUGCACAAAUCGGUGGUCAGGUUAUUGCACUUGCCAUCGCCGGACAAAUUUAUCAAUCGACCGCCACAAGAAACUUAUCGGCAGCCCUAGCUGGUAAUGGCUUUUCGGAAGAAGAAAUCCGAGGGGCGGUGGCAGGGGCGCAAAGCGCUUUAUUCGCGACACUGAAUGGUGAAUUGCGGGAUAAAGCGACCAAAGCCAUCACUGAGGCAAUGCAAAUGACCUUUCUUCUGGUACCUAUUGCUGGGGGCGUUAUGCUAAUUGCUGCGGUGUGCAUGAAGCGGGAGAAACUCUUCGGAAAAGCUGUCGCUGUUGGAGCUUAGAAGGCGCCGGUGUUGAGACGAUUGAUUUGGCAUCAAUUAUGUUUGAAAAUUGGUAGAAUGAGAAUGGAAUACUAGGUGGAAUGGCGCUAGACAUAAAACUAUGGCGGAUUACUAGAUUAUUUAGGCGGCAAUGGGUACCUAGGUGAACCUACUUACAGUGGGUAGAAAAAAGCUACCCACUGUAGGUUCAUAGGUGCUAGGCUACCUACCUAGGUAGGUAAGGUUGGGGUGCUUCCUGAUUUCUUUCUGGGUGGUUCAGUUGUCGACUGUUCGCCUGCAUCUGCUGGAUAGAGUGCUGAUUAAAUCGUUCUAUAGAUACUUUAUAAUUACCAAGGUAUUUUUCUACUAGAUUUAGAUAGAUUAGGUAUUUAGAUUGUACCACAUCGGAGGGUUUAUAAAAAUAAAAUAAAA